AUGCUGCACCAAUACAACUAUGAUAACAAGAGUGAACAGUCUCGAAGCUAUGGCAUGAGGGACCAGCUAUGGCUAGAAGCUAGGGCACGAAUCUAUGACACUUUGCAGCUCAAAUCAUGCUGCAAUAAUACAGCUAUUACAGCUGCAUGCAUGAGUCUCCUGAGAAGAUGUAAGAGGAAUCACGCGAGGAGCAGCUUUCUCCAAAACGCCAUCUUCUCCAACAAGAUCAUUAUGUUCUCUAAAUCCUAUUGCCCGUAUUGCCUUCGUGCCAAGUGGAUUUUCAGUGAGCUAAAUGAGAAACCUUAUGUUGUAAAGCUUGAUCUCAGAGACGAUGGAGGUAAAAUCCAGUAUGUCCUUCUGGAUUUAAUAGGUCGAAGCACUGUUCCACAAGUGUUUGUGAAUUGCAAAAAUAUUGGAGGCUCUGAUGAUCUCAAAGCUGCGGUCGAUGAUGGUACACUGCAAAGGUUUCUAGCUGCAAGUUGAUGAACUGUUAGAAAGAAGGAAAUACAAUCAUUCG